AUGAAAUAUUUGUAUGUAUCCUUUUGCUACAUCGGUAUUUGCCUUGAGACUGAAUUUUUCUUCUUGAAUUUGUCUUCAACGAGUCCAGUUCUUUUGGGCAUAAAACUUGCCAAACCAACGAAAAACAUUUGGCGUGGCGUCCGGCGAAAACAGCAUGCAAUUUCUGGCCGGUCCGCGCAGUGCGGCGCGCGCGGCUCUACAAGAGCGAUGGAGCCCCCGGCCUUCCCCAGAUCUGGAGUCCACACCACCCGGGCUGCCCCAGGGAGUGAAGCGAACAUCCUCCUCCCCUUGCCCACUGGAACGCCACCCUUCACAUACGAAUGGAGCCGUGCGGGAGCGACAUUGGACGGCCGCUUCAGAUCAUCGGUGGAUGCAAACGGCGUUCGACUGACCGUCUCCGCUGCUCAGAUUGGUGAUAGCGGCGUAUACACCCUACAAGCAAGCAAUGCUGCCGGCAAGGAUACGACCCGGGUCUCGCUGGAGGUUUCCCCGGAUGAGGCGCCCACGGGCGAGGACCCGCCGACCUUCCUACGGCGCCUGCAGGACCUCACCGUGAAGGUCGGCACACGGACCAGAUUCCUUGUAGAGAUCCUCAGUUCCACGGAGUGCAAGGUAACAUGGUACCGUAAUGAGCGUCGCCUUUUGGAGGCUGAGAGGAUCGCGCUGGUUCGCGACGGCAACUUUUGGUGCGCAGAUGUCGCCACUGUCAGUGUUGAUGAUGCUGGGCGCUGGACGUGUACCGCGGAGAAUCUUGGAGGACGAGCCAGCUGUUCCGCCCAUCUCAAUGUUUUAGUUCCAAAAGCGUACAAAAGACCAGAAUUUGUGGAGGAAUUACGCGCCAUUUUAACAGAGCAAGGAACUGUCUCCUUGGAGUGCAAAGUCGUGGGGGUUCCUACCCCGGUUCUGAGAUGGUUCAAGGACAGUAGAGAAAUUAAGGCGGGCGAUGUGUUCGCGUUAACUGCGAAUGCAGACGACCCGACAUCGCUCGGUACAUACACUUGCGAAGCGAUCAACUGUAUGGGUAGAGCCUACUCCUCUUCCAAGGUUCAUGUUAUCGGUCGUUCUAAAGAGGGUUCUGCUAGACCUAGUUCUGGGGGCCUGACACCCGAUCCUCCGCCGAUAUUCACCAAGGAAUUAGAAGAUCAAUUUGUUAGAAUAUGUGACCCGUUGACCCUGAGUUGUCACAUCGUAGUCCCACCCUGGCCCAGAAGUACGGUUUGGUACAACAAAGAAGGAAAAAUUGAUCCCAGUACAAAGUACCAUAUAUUGGAGGACGGUGUCGGAGGCUAUAUGGUGGAAAUAUUUGGAGCCGAAUGGGCUGACGAGGGGGGAGUGGAAGUGUGUGGCUACAAGUGCGGGCGGCAGGUACCCAAGAAUUAUAGAAAGCCUCGCUUUAUGGAAAACCUUCAAGCAGUAUUGACGGAAGAGGGGUUGGUGUCGUUCGAAUGCAAGGUCGUUGGCUUCCCAACUCCAGUUCUUAGUUGGUUCAAAGAUGGCCAAGAACUGAAACCAGGAGACGUGUACCAAUUGACGGGAACUAACUCCCUGGGCUCCUACUGUUGCAUAGCUAAGAAUUGCAUGGGUCACGCGAGCAGUUCCGCAGAGUUGACCGUUGAGGACAUUCAAAAUCAAUUGAAUGAAGAGGAGAAAUUACAGCUGUUCUCCAAGAAUCAAGCUCCUAAGUUCCUACAGGGCCUGAAAAGUGUGGAAGUGAAAAUCGAUGAGCCAUUCCGCUUUACAAUAAAAGUUGCCAUUCCGCCUGAACCUACAGUAUUAUGGUAUCGAGACGACCAACCUGUUGAUGAAUCGCCUCGAUGUCACCUCGGGAAAGAAGACCGAGGUGUCUUCUACUUAGAUAUCAAGAAUUUAGAAUUGAUGGACCAAACCGAGUGGAAAUGUGUCGCCAUGAACGAUUUUGGACACAGUGUUACAUCGUGCUUUUUAAAACUUAUAAUUCCCAGGCACUUCAAAAAGCCAAGAUUUCUCGAAAACCUUCAAGCCAUUUUAUCAGAUGAAGGUGCUGUCAAUUUAGAGUGCAAAGUCAUAGGCGUACCGCAACCUGUAUUAAAAUGGUAUAAGGAUGGUGAAGAAUUGAAGCCCGGAGACAUACACAGAAUAAUAUCAGGCCAAGAUGGAACGUGCUGCCUUGGUACCUAUACAUGCGAGGCGCAGAAUUGUAUGGGUAUUUCCGCUAGUUCAGCUUCUCUGUUAGGCUUUGAAGAUACAGUUAAAGCUAAAAAGAAGAAAUCUGACGAUCAAGCAUUACAAAGAAACUUAUCAUUGAGUACUAUCCACGAAGAGAGGACUUCACAAAUGUACGACACGCCUGUUGCCGAUGUUACUUUAGAUGAUAAAGGAGAGAUAUCAUUUUCUUUCGAUGGUAAAGAAGUUUCCGUUUCCUUGUAUGAAACUCCAGAUUUAACUGAAGAAGAAGCGUUGCAAAUAGUUGAAAUGUAUGCUGAUCAACUGUCUGAAAAUGUUACGGAACAUAACGUCAUUGAAUUACCUCCGUUAAGAUUUGUUAAAGAGACAUCUACGUCCGGAAAUCUUCUUAUGGAAGCUAUUAUUAUUGACGUAUCGCCAGAUUAUUUUGUGUCUCCAGAAGAGGAUUUAAGAACUGAAGCUGAUAUUGAAGACAUAUCUAUAGCAGAAGAAAUCGGACAGGCUCAACUAUCAUUUGAUCAAGAAGUUAGUGUUGAUUAUAUAGAGAAAACAAUGGCUCUAAUAUCGGAAGAAAAAUCUGACAUUCCCAAAGUUCUUAGAAGGAAAUCUGAUUCACAAAAAAGUGGAGAAAACUAUUUCAGUCUAUCAAAAGAUCAGUCUCUUUCUGAAGAAAAGAAAGAUGACGAUGAUACUCAGGUAUUAUCAGAAAGUGUUAGUUUUGCUAGUGCCCAAAGUACUGGCAAACAGAAGUCAAAACCAUCUCAAGACGAUGAAGUUGGUACUCAAGAAUCAGAUGUUACAAAGACAGUUUUAUUAAGAGAAGAACAGCGAACUACUUUAGAUACAGAAAUUAAACUGAUAAGUAAAACAAACGUUACUAAUCAAGAAGAAAAGCAUAAUAUUGAUCCCGUUGUCAUUAAAAACGUAAAUGAAGAUCUGACCUACAUAAGCUCUGUGCUGUCGAAAGUAAUGAAUGACAUUCAAGUUAUGGAGAGAGAUAUUAUCUUAAAGUCGCAGCUAAUGUCUACAGCUGCCGUAGCGGCUAAAAGUUUAGAAAUAAUAACCAGUAUAAUAAAACCAUUAAAUGACAUUCACAGUAUCACUGACGCUGUUAAGGAAACUAUUAACGAGGCAUCAGAACUUAAUCCCGUGUUAUUUACUAAAUUACCAAUUUUCUUAAAAGAGCUUCAAAUUGCUUUGGCAAUGGUUGAAAAAUGUAUAGACGUGGGUAGUGAUAAAACGCUUAUUAAGAAUACGUGUAUAUCAGUAAUUAAUAACUGCGAAGAAGACGUUACAAAGCUUGUAACGAAAAUAAAAGACUUUGCACUUGUAAAUAAAUUGUACUUGAAUUCCGAAUUAGUUGCAGAGGUACAAUCGUUAAGCAGCGAUAUCCUAAACGUAAUUGAAAUAUCUAGAUCAACAGUGGCUACAAAAUCUAUUUUAAUUGAAGAUAUCAAAAACGAAGAAGUGUCGAUCGAUAAACAGCAUUUAAAUAGAACACAAAAAGCAGUGUACAAUUUAAAAAUACCUUUGACGUCAUUGUUAAAUAUCGUCGAAAACGCUUUGAAGGUCAAUUUUGAUACGGUCUUAGAUAUAAAUAACGCUGAAGUGAUUUUAUUUAACAUGUCAUCAUCUAUACAGGACCUCCAAACAGCUUUAGAACACAUUGAAUUUCUAUCCGUUGAGGAAUCGAAUUCGCCUUUACAAAAAUAUAACACAAAUGUGAUUGAAACCGUUAUGGGUUCUGUAUUAAAACUCAGAAAUUCGUUUGAAAAUCUUUCCGUGGAGAAAGAGAAAAGAGAAGAUAAAGAACAAUUAAACAACGUUCUACAAAUGAUAUCAGUAAAUCUAAAUAAAAUUUCGUCUGAUAUCAAAAACAUUGAGGGCCCUAUUGGUGCCUUUGAUAUUUUAUAUGAAGACAACAAAUUGGAAAUUCUACAAAGAAUGGCACAUAUACUUAUAUCACUCGAAAAUAGUUUACCAAUCUUAAUAGGUUUACCAAACAUACAAAGUACCUUAUCAGCAUUUCAUAAAAAUCUUACCAAAGCUUUAGAGAAUACAAUAGAAAGUAAUGACAUGAAUAAAUAUUCAACUUUAGUUAGUAUAUGUGAUGUAGUAAAUAGAAUAAAUGAGUCUAUUAAAAAUGUACAAUGUAGUCAAAACCUAUCUUUAGCAUGUAUAGGAAGCAACUUUAGUAUCAUUGAGGAAAUUCUCAAAAAUAAGAGUAUUGAUUACGUCUCAGAUCAAGACCUACUGACAAAUGCCAGGCAAUAUUGUAUCGAUAUACAGAGCAUAAUUACUUACACGGAUGAUGAGAGUAUAAAAAUUGAAUCUGAACGCGUUGAAGACAUAACUUCCACUAGUCCCUUCUUCCCUGAAUCUAAAGCUAAUGUAGUAUUACAUCAAAUAGAUCACGUAAUAUCUGUAAUUAAUAACAUCUCAUUAGAAGAAACUGCUUCAAGCAUAAGUGCCAUUAUUCCAGUAUUACAAAAAUCUUGUCCUAUCCUGGAAGAGCUCAAAUACAGCGUAGCAGCUUUAACACAGAAUGCAAAGGAAUAUGAAUCAUCGUUGUCUGAAAUAUCCGAUUUUUCCGCCGCCGAAUCCUUUGGGAAGUCUUUGCAGGAAUUACACGAAAACAUUACGACUCUCAACCAAGUGCUACUAGAAUCCAUGGAAGAUAUUAAGAUUAAAGAGGAUAUAUCCAAUGUAUUUGCCAAACCUAUUCACGAAUUACACACAACUCUGCAAAUAUUACAAGAAAAUAUUUUAUCUCAAUGCGAAUUAUAUUCACCCGUGCAUUUAAGUAACAAAGUAGCAACCACGGAACUUGUUCUUCAGAAUUGUAUUUUGUUAGUAAAAGAAGAAAAUGAAAUAGAACCUAUCGAGGAAUUAUCUACUCUGGAAGAUAUAUCUUGCAUUAAGACAACGGCUGAAUCUAUUUUAGCGGAUGAGUUACUAUUACCAAUAACUGACGAAGCAUUUGUUGAACAAGCACCUCCUUUAAUAGAAAUAAAAAGUCAAAAACCAGAAAUUGCUCAUGUAUUCCAAUUGUUGCAUAAUGACAUUAUAGAUAUACAAAAGUUAGACAUACUUGAAACAUUAAAUAUACUAUCUGAAGUUAAAGAAUAUGCAAAUCUGAAAUCUGCCACGGAAACAAUUGUAGAAUUGCAAAACAAAAUUAUUGGAAUUCUAUCGCCUCUCCUUAUGGAAUCUUUAACAUCUGUGUCCAAUUUAGAUAUUGUUAGUAAUGAUAUAGUCACGAUCUCUAACUCGUUAUUGAGAUUGAAAAAUCAUUUGUGCGUUAUAGAUAUGAAUAACAUUCCUAUUUAUGAAGAUGUUUUACAGCUCCCAUCUGAAGAAAUUUAUAUUAUUGUUAAAAAGAUCAAUAAUUUGAAAAACCAUUUAGAUGAAUGUCUUACAGCGAUACAUGAUAUAAAAGAAAUUCCCGAACUAGAUAAACAGUUGGAUGCUUUAAGAAGACAAUGCAGAGAAUUAAAGACAAUUGUUACAGAACCAUUGAAUGUAGAUUUAUCGUUCGAAAGUAUACAAUGCUUGAAUAAAUCCGUUGACAUUUUUUUACAAGCUACAGAAUCAUUAGCAAACAAUGAUACAGUACAAAACGUAGGCGGACAGCUUUUGAAAGACAUUCUUAUUGUGCAAGAUGAGCUUGUAGACUACGUUAGUGUAAAAGAAAACAUAGAAGAAAAUUUAGUUGUGAAUACAAUUAAUAAUAUAACUGUCAAUUUGGCUGCAUUAGAGCAAUAUAAUAUACAUAUAUAUGAUACUUUAGACAUAAACAUAGAAACAAAGUUUGAUAUAAAUGCCGAAUAUGACAAUCUUAUUCAUAUGAAACAUCUAAUUGAUGAAAGUGAAAUAGUGGUUAUAAAAGAACUAACACAAAAAUCCGAAUCGGCGGAUAUGAUUAUUGUAGAAGAUUUUUUUAAGAAAAUUAAGAGUAAUUUCCAUAAUUUACAAGUUCUUCUCCAUCAAAAUCCGAGCCACAAGAAAGUCAUCCGUAUACUGCAGGAGUAUUUUGCUCUGCAAGCCAAUAUUAAUGACUUUAAAACGGAAAUGGUGACAUUAAACAUAACUCAAAAUAUACAACAAAGUUUGAAUAACUUUUUCUCCCAAACCGAUAAUAGUUUAGAAAAAAUUAAGAUAUCUUUAUUAAAACUGACUUCUUCGUUGUCAAACACGUUGUUUAAAAAGCCCCUAGAAAAACUUGAAUACAGUAUGGUUCAGCUUCCCGAAUGUCUAAAAUUAGAUCACUUGCUACAUCUGCACGGUUUAGUUCAAAAUUUUGUUUUAAUUUUAAACAUAGCAUUUCCCCAUCUUGAAAAUUUAGAAAACGUUGUUAAUAAAGAACUUCAAAUGUCCCUUUUCAUCAACUCGGAAUCAGAAGAUAAUUUAAUAAUUGAAGCCAUAGACAAUUUUAUAUCGUUUUUGGAGCAAGAAACUAGUGUUAGUGACAAUGCUGAGCGGAAGCUAUUUCUGAUUAAAAUGCUGACUUGUUCUCAAAACCACCAAAAUUAUAAAAUUGCUUUAGGCACUGGAAAGAAAAUGAUUAUAAUGAAAUACUUGGCUGAUUGUUCUGACUUACUACAACAUCAUCUUGAAGAUAUUGAUAAAACUUUGGCAACGAAACAAAAAUCAUUACAAACUAUUCUUAAUGAACAAAUAAGGCUACUUCAUAUUUUACAUGGUGAAGUAAUACACCUUAAAGAACAGCCCGAACGCUCAAAACAAGAAAUUGCAGCUAUUGAAUCAUGUGUGGAAAGUAUCAUUCGUCUUAAUAAAUCAAUUCAGGAUUGUUCGAACUCUGAAAAGAUCCAAUCAGCGCAUCAAAAUAUCUCUCUUCUCAAAGACAUAAUUUGUCAAACGAAUACAAUUCAAGAUAGCUUAGACUCUCUAAAGUGUUCAACGAAAGAUAUAUCUUCUAUUUCAUCAUGUUUGGAUGACAUUAAAAAUGUUGUAUACAGCAUUUCACCUGUUGAACACAAAUUAUCUAAACAGGAAGCCAAUGUUCUUCUUCAGCAUGUAGAGCAAUAUAUAGAAGUCACUGAAAUUAUAGAAGAAAUAUCUGCAGUACUAAACUUAGGUAAUGUACAGGAAGCAAAAAUCGUUGCAGAAGAAUUACGUGAAAGUAUUGCAAAGGCUGAAGUCAUUCCGGAAAAUGAGGAAUAUAUUGAAUAUCACCUAGUAACAGAACAUCAAGAAAACUUAGCCCAACGUUUACAAAAGUCCCUUACAGAUAUCCAAGAACAAGCUAUAGAAAAUAUUUAA